AUGCUGCCCCAGUACAAACAGACCGCGACCUCGUCUCUCCUGUCGCUCCAAUGGCCCGAGCCCCCGCGAAACGUCCUGAUCAUCCCGAAGCUCCACGCGCCGCAGGUCACCGAGUCGGCCAUCGACUUCGCGAAACACAUCCACGGCGAAUAUCCCAACCUGAACCUCAUCUUCGAGCGCCGCGUCGCCUCCAACAUCCACGAGUCGCUGCCCUUUCCGAUCUACACCUCCGACCCCAUCCACUUCCCCGCCAAGAUCGAUCUGGUCGCCACCCUCGGCGGCGAUGGCACCAUUCUGCGCGCAGCCAGCCUCUUCAGCCUCCAUGCCUCCGUGCCCCCGAUACUGUCAUUCAGCAUGGGAUCCCUCGGCUUCCUGGGUGAGUGGAAAUUCGAGGAAUACAAGCGUGCCUGGCGCGAGGUCUACAUGAGCGGCAGCCGAGUUGCCGUCGCCGACCUAUCGGCAUCUCAGGCGCACAUUCCUGCCGAUGCUGCUUUAGCCGAGGGAGAUGGGCUCCGGCUGAACGAGGCUUGGGACGGUGUCCGCGGCAAGAGCUUGGGAGCCAGUCGCUCCAGCAAGAUCCUCCUGCGGCACCGCCUCAAGGUCGGAGUCUACGACGCGUCAGGCGUCAACGUCAACGAGCAGCUAAUGCCAACUUCGACGACGGCCGAGUCGCACCAGCCUCUGCCGCCUGUGCCUCCAGAGCUCAAGCAUGUGCCCAAGUUGGAGGGACCCAUAGCUCCAGCCUUCCACGCCAUCAACGAGUUGGUUAUCCAUCGCGGUCCUAAUCCCCAUCUGGCCAUCAUCGAUGUCUACGUCAAUAACCACUUCCUCACAGAGGCUGUGGCUGACGGAAUCUUGGUCAGCACCCCGACUGGGUCCACCGCGUACUCCCUGUCUGCUGGCGGGAGUAUCAUGCAUCCACUGGUGAAGACGCUUCUCAUCACCCCAAUCUGUGCGCGAAGCCUCAGCUUCCGCCCCCUUGGCCUACCCCUGAACACCAAGGUUGUUCUGAAAUUGAGCAAAAAGAAUCGCGGGCGCGAGCUGGAGGUCAGCAUCGAUGGCAAGCGCAGGACCGGUGUGACUGUCGGGAUGGAGAUUCGCGUCGAGGGCGAAAUGGUCGGCCAGGCCGAGGGCGGCAGCUGGACAGGCGGUGUACCGUGCGUCAUACGCUCGCCCGCGACCGGCGAUGGGGGUCGCGAGGGCAUCGCUGAAGACGAUGACGGAUGGGUCGGGGGCCUUAACGGCCUGCUGAAGUUCAACUACCCAUUUGGCGAGGGGCAAUGA